AUGAAAACUCAAACAAAACAGGGCCAACACGAUUCAAGAAAAUGCAAGGUCCUGAUUCCGACUCAACAAAAUCACGAAACAAAAGAACGUGUUCAUCAAAUAGCAGCAAAGCGAAUCAAAAUGGAAACGAAGAGAAAUUGGCGACGUCUCAACCUUUUCCUGCUCAAGAUUUGCAUUGAUUUGAACUCUUCCCCUCGCUCGGACUUGAUGCAAUUCCAGGUUCAUGUGCCUUUCAUGAAUUUUCUGUUUUGGAAAGUGGGGUCGAGGAAUGUUGGCAGCAGUACGUUGUUUUUGUAG